CCGCCCUGUGCUCACCGCGCCGGGGCGAGUGUCUGCAGGGUGGACCGGCGAUCGGGUCCCCGUGGUGCCAUUUCGGGCGCUGGCGGGAAGCGGACGCUCCGCACCUGCGGCGACCUCGGGCUCCGCGGACCCGGCGCGGGCACCUGUGGCUGCGUCCUAUGGCGCACGUCGAGGCGGAGGCUCUGCGGAGCCGCCUGUAAGCCGGGGACCGGAGAAGGCACCGGCGCGCACGAUGCCGCUCCCUGCGGAGGCGAGGGCAGCGGGGCGCGAGGUGGCCCUGGCGCUGGUGCUGCUGCUGCUCCCCGCCGCGCCCGCCGGCGCCAGCGUCCCUCCGCGGCCCCUGCUCCCGCUGCAGCCCGGCAUGCCCCACGUGUGUGCCGAGCAGGAGCUGACCCUGGUGGGGCACCGCCAGCCGUGCCUGCAGGCCCUCAGCCGCGUGGUGCCCGUGUGGAAGCCAGGCUGCGGGUGGCAGGCGUGGUGUGUCAGCCACGAGCGGAGAACCGUCUACUACCUGGGCUACAGGCAGAUGUAUACCACAGAGACCCGGACUGUGCUCAGAUGCUGCCGAGGGUGGACGCAGCUGCCCGGCGAGGAGGGCUGCCUCUCGGCCGAAUGUGGCACUGGCCUCUGUUUUCACGGUGGCCGUUGUGUGCCAGGCUCUGCCCGGCUGUGCCACUGUCCUUCCAGCUUCCACGGCCCCCGCUGUCAGUACGAUGUGGACGAAUGCAGAACCCGCAAUGGUGGCUGCCAGCAUCGGUGUGUGAACACCCCCGGCUCCUACCUCUGUGACUGCAAGCCCGGCUUCCGGCUCCACACCGACGGCAGGACAUGCCUGGCCAUCAGCUCCUGCGCCCUGGGCAAUGGCGGCUGCCAGCACCACUGUGUCCAGCUCACCACCACUCGGCACCGCUGCCAGUGCCGGCCCGGCUUCCAGCUCCAGGAGGACAGCAGGCGCUGUGUCCGGAGAAGCCCGUGUGCCGAUGGGAAUGGCGGCUGCAUGCACAGGUGCCAGGUGCUCCGGGGCCUUGCCCACUGUGAAUGCCACACAGGCUAUCAGCUGGCAGCGGACGGCAAGGCCUGUGAAGAUGUGGAUGAAUGUGCUGCAGGGCUGGCCCGAUGUACCCACGGCUGCCUCAACACCCAGGGGUCCUUCAAGUGUGUGUGCCACGCGGGCUACGAGCUGGGCGCCGAUGGUCGGCAGUGCUACCGGAUCGAGAUGGAGAUUGUGAACAGCUGUGAGGCCAACAACGGUGGCUGCUCCCACGGCUGCAGCCACACCAGCGCCGGGCCCCUGUGCACCUGUCCCCGCGGCUACGAGCUGGAUGCAGAUCAGCGGACCUGCAUCGAUGUCGACGACUGUGCAGACGAACCGUGCUGCCUGCAGGUGUGCACCAACAACCCUGGCGGGUACGAGUGUGGUUGCUACGCCGGCUACCGGCUCAGUGCCGAUGGCUGCGGCUGCGAGGAUGUGGACGAGUGCGCCUCUGGCCGCGGCGGCUGUGAACAGCACUGCACCAACCUGGCCGGCUCCUUCCGGUGCUCCUGCGAGGCUGGCUACCGGCUGCGUGAGGACCGCAGGGGCUGCCGCCCUCUGGAGGAGCCAGCGGUGGACUUGGAUGGCGAGCUGCCCUUCGUGCGGCCGCUGCCCCACAUCGCCGUGCUUCAGGAUGAGCUGCCUCGACUCUUCCAGGAUGACUACAUCGGGGCUGACGAGGAGGAGGUGGAGUUGCGGGGCGAACACUCACUCACAGAGAAGUUUGUCUGCCUGGAUGACUCCUUCGGCCACGACUGCAGCUUGACCUGUGAUGACUGCAGGAACGGAGGGACCUGCCUCCCAGGCCUGGACGGCUGUGACUGCCCCGAGGGCUGGACUGGGCUCAUCUGCAAUGAGACUUGUCCUCCGGACACCUUCGGGAAGAACUGCAGCUUCUCCUGCAGCUGUCAGAAUGGUGGGACCUGCGACCCUGUCACGGGAGCCUGCCGCUGUCCCCCGGGUGUCAGUGGGACCAACUGUGAGGACGGCUGCCCCAAGGGCUUCUAUGGCAAGCACUGUCGCAAGAAGUGCAACUGUGCCAACCGGGGCCGGUGCCAUCGCGUCUACGGGGCCUGCCUCUGCGACCCGGGGCUCUACGGCCGCUUCUGCCACCUUGCCUGCCCACCGUGGGCUUUUGGGCCGGGCUGCUCAGAGGAGUGCCAGUGCGUGCAGCCACACACGAGGUCCUGUGACAAGAGGGACGGCAGCUGCUCCUGCAAGGCCGGCUUUUGGGGCGAGCGCUGUCAGGCAGAGUGCGAGCCGGGCUACUUUGGGCCAGGGUGCCGUCAGGUGUGCACCUGCCCAUCGGGCGUGGCCUGCGACCCUGCGAGCGGCACGUGUGGGAAGCAGUGUCCUGCUGGCUUCCAGGGUGAGGACUGUGGCCAAGAGUGCCCAGUGGGGACGUUCGGAGUGAACUGCUCGGGCUCCUGCUCCUGUCGGGGGGCCCUCUGCCACGGGGUCACGGGGCAGUGCCAGUGCCCGCCGGGGAGGACAGGGGAAGACUGUGGGGCAGAUUGUCCCGAGGGCCGCUGGGGGCUGGGCUGCCAGGAGAUCUGCCCGUCGUGCCAGCAUGGUGCCCGCUGUGACCCUGAGACUGGAGCCUGUCUGUGCCUCCCUGGCUUCGUCGGCAGCCUCUGCCAGGAUGUGUGCCCAGCAGGCUGGUUUGGUCCCAGCUGCCAGACAAGGUGCUCUUGUGCCAAUGAUGGGCACUGCCACCCCGCCACUGGACGCUGCAGCUGUGCCCCCGGGUGGACCGGCUUCAGCUGCCAGAGAGCCUGUGACAGCGGGCACUGGGGACCUGACUGCAGCCGCCCCUGCAACUGCAGCACUGGCCACGGGAGCUGCCACGCCGUCACUGGCCUGUGUGUGUGCGAGGCUGGCUACGUGGGCCCGCGGUGCGAGCAGCGGUGUCCCCAGGGCCGCUUUGGGCCUGGCUGUGAGCAGCGGUGCCAGUGUCAGCAUGGAGCAGCCUGUGACCACGUCAGCGGGGCCUGCACCUGCCCUGCCGGCUGGAGGGGCACCUUCUGUGAGCGUGCCUGCCCGGCCGGCUUCUUUGGCUUAGACUGCCGCAGCGCCUGCAACUGCACCGCGGAAGCCGCCUGCGACGCCGUGAACGGCUCCUGCCUCUGCCCCGCUGGCCGCUGGGGCCCCCACUGUGCCGAGGCCUGCCCAGCCCGCACCCACAGGCGUAAUUGCAGCCAGGUCUGUGCCUGCUUUAACAGGGCCUCCUGUGACCCUGCCUAUGGGCAGUGCCACUGCCCUGGCUGGAUGGGGCCCUCCUGCCUGUGUGCCUGCCCUGCCGGCCUGUAUGGCCACAACUGUCAACAUUCCUGCCUCUGCCAGAAUGGAGGGACCUGUGACCCUGUCUCAGGCCACUGUGCAUGCCCGGAGGGCUGGGCCGGCCUGGCCUGUGAGAAGGCCUGCGCCGAGGGCACAUUCGGGCCUGGCUGUGAGGGGCGCUGUGCCUGCCGGCGGGGAGCCCCCUGCCACCACGUCACCGGGGCCUGCCUCUGCCCCUCGGGGUGGGGGGGCUCCAGGUGUGAGAAUGUCUGUCUGCGGGGCUGGUUUGGAGAGGCCUGUGCCCAGCGCUGCAGCUGCCCGCCCGGCGCUGCCUGCCACCACGUCACCGGGGCCUGCCGCUGCCCCCCCGGCUUCACCGGCUCCAGCUGCGAGCAGACCUGCCCGCCUGGCCGCUUUGGGGAGGACUGUUUACGGAUGUGCCGGUGUCCCGGUGAGAACCAGGCCUGCCACCCUGCCACUGGGCUCUGUGAGUGUGCUGCUGGCUACCACGGCCCUGACUGCCGGCAACGUUGCUUGCCCGGGCGGUAUGGGCCAGGCUGUGAACAGCUGUGUGGGUGUCUCAACGGGGGCUCCUGCGAUGCGGCCACGGGGGCCUGCCGCUGUCCUGCUGGGUUCCUCGGUCCCGACUGCAGCCUCACAUGUCCGAAGGGCCGCUCCGGUCCCAACUGCACCCACGUGUGUGAGUGUGGGCAGGAGGGGGCCUGUGACCCUGUGACCGGCACCUGCCUCUGUCCCCCGGGAAGAGCUGGCGUCCACUGUGAGCAAGGCUGCCCCCAGAACCGGUUUGGCGUGGGCUGUGAGCACAUCUGCUCCUGCAGAAACGGGGGCCUGUGCCACGCCGCCAACGGCAGCUGCUCCUGUAGCCUGGGCUGGAUGGGGCCACAGUGCGAGCUGGCUUGUCCCCCUGGGCGCUACGGAGCCGCCUGCCGUCUGGAGUGUUCCUGCCGCAACAAUGGCACGUGUGAGCCCGCCACGGGCGCCUGCCGCUGCGGCCCCGGCUUCUACGGCCAGGCCUGCGAGCACCCCUGUCCCCCUGGCUUCCACGGGGCUGGCUGUCAGGGGGUGUGCCAGUGUCAACACGGAGCCCCCUGCGACUCCAUCAGUGGUCGGUGCCUCUGCCCUGCUGGCUUCUACGGCCACUUCUGUGAGAAGGGGUGUGAGCCAGGCUCAUUUGGAGAAGGCUGCCACCAGCGGUGUGACUGCGAUGGGGGGGCACCCUGUGACCCUGUCACCGGCCUCUGCCUUUGUCCACCUGGGCGCUCAGGACCCACCUGUAACCUGGAUUGCAGAAGAGGCCACUUCGGGCCCAGCUGCAUCCUGCACUGUGACUGCGGGGGUGGGGCUGACUGCGACCCUGUCAGUGGACAGUGUCACUGUGUGGAUGGCUACAUGGGGCCCACGUGCCGGGAAGGUGGGCCCUUCCGGCUCCCCGACAGCCCAUCCGUAGCCCAGGGCCCAGCGGCCACACUGCCCGCCUCCAGCAGACCGUCAUCCCAGAGCGGUGGACCGGCGAGGCACUAGCAGAGGCAGCCCUGUGGAGCCCACCUCUCGAGUCCCAGCCAGAGGGGACCCAGGCCUUUGGUGACCACUGAGAAGGACGCUGCAUGGGCCCAGAGCUCCUGGAACUGCCGUUCCUCUGAAGGCCGUGGAGAGCUGUGGACAGCCGAGCAACCCGUUGCUCUUGGAAGCUGGUGUGGCCCUGAGGAGUGAAACCUCAUGUGGACGCUGGAAGAGAGGCCCCUCCCUGCUGGCUCUGCAACCCAGGGGCACGCUCCUGGCCUGGGCUGAGGAAGCCCUGCUCUCCCCGAGGCUUUGAGUCGGACCGAGGACAGGUGUGGGCGCCAGUGUGGCCCAGGGCCACUGUCCUCAGGCAGACUUUUUGGUGCUAGGCCCUGGGACCGGAAGCCCGCCCGUAUUUAUGUAAAGGUAUUUAUGGGCUGCUGCACAGCCCUUGAAGCCCGGGGUCAGCUGGCAGCUGCCCGCCGUCUCCCUCCGAUCCCCAGAACCCCUGAUUCAGGUCUCGCCAGGCCACCGGCGUGGGUACCAUGUUGUCGGAUACAAUGAGUUCUAAGUUUCUCUUCAAAGAGUUACGAUGUCAGCGUGCUCAGCUCUCUAAUUCUUUAAUUUUCUAUCUUAAAGUUUAACUUUCUUGUAAUUCCUUCUCCACCAGUUCUAAUCAGGUCACAUCUGCUCCCCUCCCCCACUCCCUCCCGACGCAUCCCGGUCACCUGCCCACCCCCGGCACCUGCUCUGACAGGCCCAUGACCGCCCUUCCUCCAAAACACCCACCCUGCCACUCCAGCUCCGACCCCUACUCUUUCUAAAACGGCCAGUCGGGAUUAGUCUAGCUUGUGCGGUCCAACCCUAGCCAAUAGUGGGGAGACACAGCAGUAGGGGUGACCCCCCAAGCCUGUGGCGGCCAUCAUUGCUCCAUCCACGCCCCCCCCCCCCUCGAACCCUUCUGUAGAAGUAAACCGCCUUGC